GCGCCAUUUAGCAGCUUUUAGUGUGUCUCGGAUUUUGACAAAAAGCUAGGAGAAAAUUAACCUUCCGAUAUGCAGACCGACAGAGAAUAUCUCUCCGAAUGGCCUCCAGUGGAAGACAAAAGUGACAUUAAAGAGUCAAAACGGAGGAAAAGACCCAAACGUGAUCGUGAGCAACGUGAAGGUGAAACAUACCAAGUAGUCAGAGAGAAUUCCUUGCGUGUGGAGGCUGAAAGUGAACGUGUUUUGUGGGCUCGUCCAGCUCUUGCAAGAUGGUGGAGGAAAACACAACAACUUCGAAAUGUACCAGAUUUGAAGAAGCUUCCAAAAUCAAAUAAUCCAAAUACACUGUUGAGAUAUGUAGCCAGGUAUGUUAGCUAAUGAUUGUCUCAGUAGUCACCAGGCGUGGCCGUGACCAUGAUCAUGACCCCCAUCCUUCCUUGGGUCAUGCAUUAUGUGACAAAGGGUCCAUACAGGGCAAUUUGAAAUGGAACUUGAUUUAUAGGUAUGUGCCGCUGUGAAGGUCCUUUUCCCAGUUUAAUCACUAAACUUCAGAGUUUGGCUCAGAAUUCCAUUUUUCAGCCAUUUGGUUGAAGAUUUUAUCUAGCUCUGGUAAAAUAGGAUAGGGGGGAUUUGGGAGUUACAAGUGAUUAGGUGAGGAGUUUGAGGUUAAUGGUUCCAGGCUCCCAGCAGCACCCCCACCAAACCCCUGACUGGCACAAAACCCCUGACUGGCACAAAGGGGCAAAGGGGGAGUUAUUUGGAUCCAGGUAAAUUGGUGCUUGGCCUUAAUAUCACUAGUCUGCUAUCCCAGGACUAGCACGAAUUGGGUUACAUGAAACGGUCGCCCCAUGUAAGACAAUCUGGGUUCUGGAAUCUGGAAAUUGUUUGCUAGUGCAAUUCCGAAAUCCUAGGUUUUAUAGUCUGGAAUUCAGCCAAAAGAAUCUGGAAUCCUAGUGACUGUUGAAAUCCUCAACUCAAGUUCCGUUGACAAGGAAUCUGGAGCCCAGUACCUGCAUCCAGAUCCCCAGGCUAUUUUGGAUUUAUCUUUUAUAGGACAGUUGCUUAGGUGCGUAACUUGAAAAUUUUGGUCUGCCUCAGGGUGUUUAGGAUGAAAAGAAGUUUUUUUUACCCAUAAAUGUAUUGCUCAGGGGCAUGCAUAAGGAAAUAACCCUUACGAAAAAACCCAAACUGUGUUGAAGGCAACUUUCAAUGUCUAAGAUCACUAUAGCACAGGCAUAGUAAUGGCGGUUAUCAUUGAUGGUAUGCUUGCGUGAGAUCAAGGCUAGAGUGGGAUGGCUACCCAAUGACACCAUUUCGCUAUUAAUUUUCAGAUGUCAAAAGUCCAUGGACUAGUUUGUUAGUCCCAAGGUAUUGAUAGAGUUUUACAAAAAUAAUAUACUUAUUUAAAAAAAUUUUGUCACAAGAUUUUUAUCAAAAUAAACACUUUUAUUUCAACAGCCUCCCUGCAGGAAAAGCAUUUUUAGAACAACAGAUUUGUGCUUUAAAGGAUAAGCUAGCUUUGGAUCCUAAAAGUGCCUUUCUCCAUGCUGCAUUAGCAUCAUAUCACGAUCUGUUAAAAGACACAUCCUCUGCUUUAAAACAUCUGAAUACUGCUGUUGAGCUGGAUCCAUUUGAUAAGAGUAUAGCAUGGCUGCAUUUAAAAGUAAAGCAAGGGAAAGAUCUAGAGGAUAAUCAAUCAUUACUUCAAGAUCAUGUUUUGAAACGCUCUCCACUCGAGUUUAAGAUGCCAAACCCAGUUGAGGUGAGUCAGAAACUAUUUGCAGUACAUUAGACUUUCUUACAGACAUUUCUAUUAAAGGGAAACCGUGGUAAAAUGGACACCUAGAGUUGGUCCCUGCCUUUCUUUACUCCCUUUAUUUGACUCUCUACAAGACAGAGUCUACUCUAAAUGGACACUUUGUACCAGUUUCAAAGGCAACCAUCUUAGAGAAAUUUGACUGCAGUACCAUAGUGGUCAUGGGUAGGAUGAUAGUAUUUCUCCUUAAUGGUCACAGUAAAUUUUUUUAAAAGCUACAAUGUGCUGAGUGACAAAAUAAUAAUUAUCUUCAUAAGUCUCCGUUACAAUGAAAUUAAGGACUUAAUUCAUUGAUCACAGGCACAUUAAAAGGUUGCAAUAUUUGUAGAGAUCACAAUGCUGUGUCAGUUUGCUCAGGGCUUAAGGCUUGUAUUUUAUUUAAAACUAUUGUAAAUGACAUACAAGCCUUAAGCCCCUAGCAAACUGACACAGCAUUGUUGGCCAACAACUCCCAACAUUGUUGGAUGUUUGGAUGUUAGAUGUUGCAUCUGUUUGCACACCCUGUUGCAUAUUGUUGGGAACUUUGUGCAAAGUUUGAAGCUGGUCAAACUUUUAGCCCAGUGCGAACAGACUCAACAUUGUUGGCCAACAAUUAGGGCUGUCAUUAAUUUUUCGAGCAGUAGUAGCAAACAAAGAUUCACCCGUAACAUUUCUCCAAAACUUAAUAGUGUCACCUUUAGCUUCCUACUUUGAUCACCUGUAAAAUCAAAAGCGCUCAGCUUUACAUAACAGGUGUUAAUGGUUACGGCCCUUGAUGACAGCUCUGAACAACUCCCAACAUUGUUGGGAGUUGUUGCAUCCAUUUGCACUUAGCUUUAAUUACUUUAUUAAUUUAUAGUAGAAGAAUAAAAAGAGUAGAACUCCUCAGAUAAUUACCUUUGCUUGUGCCGGCUGUAAAUUCAAACCUAUGAUACCCAAAAGGGCUACCAAUUUAGUGUUCUCCUUAACAGGGGUAACUUGUAAAAUGUAUUGCUUUUAAAAGAUUAUAUUACCUAGAUUCACCAGGUUUAAAGGAUUCUGUAAAUCUUUUGCUAAAAGAUGGGGACAAUUUUGGUUUGGCAAUGGUAUGAGUCAGUUUCAUAUUUUUACAGGUUCAUUCAUACACUCAUGCUAAUAUAUAGCUGAUGUUUGGAAGUCAUCCAUAAAAAUGUUGUUGUUGUUUCCUGGCAAGACUAGCAGUGAGCAACAACAACUUAGGACUUUAUGGAGAAAUUAUUACAAAAUGACCAGCUGAUGGGGUUAAGCUUAACAAGGAUAUAAGCCCUGAAUGUGUUCUAUGAUAAAAACAAAAUCGGUCAGUAUUUCUCUGGAAUGGUUUAGCUUUCUUUCUAUUCAGUCUACUCUCCUGACAGUUGGUAAGAUGUCUAAUUUCACAGCAGUGCACAUUAUAGGUAGAAAGACGUCAUUGUACAACACUUGGGGCCAAAGAGUUUCUUAUUGAGUACAGUAUGACUGGUACACCUGUUAUCAUCACAGGACUUGUGGAAUCCAUGACUACUGUACCGUGGAGCAUUCAACACAUAAAAGAAGUAGGUGAUCCAUUAUAUCAGUUUUACAAUGCAAAUAUAACAUUAUUUUACUUGUGAUCUAAAUGGCAAAUUUACCUAGGAUCUAGGAGAGGUGAUCAAGAGUUAUCAGCAUCAACUUUCUCCUUGCAAUGUACAAACUUAAUCAAGAGAAUAGGUUAUGGUAAUUUAAAAGGAUAAAAAGAAAAUAAUGUUUUAAUCUUUCUCAAAUUCUCUCCACAAAAUAAUAAUUCAAGGAAAUGUAUGGAAAUCACUCUGAAGAAUUUCUAUUUAGAAACUGGGGCUGAGAGCGUUAAAGAGUUUUCAUUUAUUGAUCUCUUCCUUUAAUGACUUGGUUGUAAAGAUCUAAUUGGAAAAAUUAAUAUGGUUAUAUUUUUUGCUACAAAAACAAACAAAGAGGAAAGGUAGUGACGCAUGAGCUAUGCUGCAUCUGUUCAUCCUUAAUCACAAGUGACCCAAACCAUAUUUUUUUCCUUUUCACUGGUCAUUCUCAAGGUUUCACUUCAGUGAAUGUGUGGGUUUGUUAGGUUUCAGAGAUUUCUAUACCAAAAACGACAAAAUGCUUUCCACCAAAAAGUAUUUAAAAUGAUUUAAAUGUGGUUUUACAGUCUUCUGUAAUUUUGAAAUUAAAUUUCACUCUUCAAAAAUCACAUCAAAGUAGAUGAUACACAUGAUAAAAAAAACAUAACAAACACAAUCAGUUAACAAUAUUAUUAACUCUCCAAAGCAACUUUGGCAUCUAUCUCCCUUGAUUACGUGAUUAAAAGUAGUAAAAUGUGUCACGCAAGAUCGUCCAAGCUCCUGUCACGCGACUCAUAAGCAACGAAGUCUUUUCCAUAAACUAGAGUUUUUUCUUUUCCUCGGAAACUUCUACCCCCCAUCUUCUUAUGGCCACCCACUCCCCAAUGAGGUAAAGAAACAACACGAAUGAAACAGCACUAGCGAAAAAUGCAGCAAUAGAAACCGCACUCAUCUUUUCCAAGAACGGAUACACCCAGAUGCCUGCAGCGAAAGCGAUCCACAGAACCCAGGCUAUGUACACUACACCAAUUCCUAGAACGGACAGCAAUCCUUUCUUUCUUGGCGGGUACUUGUGCCGAAUAAAGCACAGCUCAAAAAUCGCUGAUACGAACGGGAAAGUGUGCAUGUAAUGAUUGAGCAACGCGGGAAUGAACUUCGCUUCCUCUUUCGUUUGGCACGAAUGUGGGUCGGCCAUGUACAAGGCCCAGAACAAUAUACUCACAGUAAGUCCAAAAGGAAAUGCGACACAGGUAAAUGUAUAAUCGCAGACUGACGAGAACACUUCGUUUUUUCGCUUCUUCAUUAGUUCAUGAAUUCCCGUGACGGCCGCCAUAUUGAAGUACAGAAACUGUACCAGCAUGUUUAUAAAUGUCAAGAACUUGAAUCUUCCACCAUACGUUCCAUGACUUUGCAGCUUAAUCUCGGACAGAUAAUAUGUCACACCGAUUAAAUGUACGAGGAAGCAGAGGUAGUGAAAUGCAAGCGUUCCCCAUUCGGCCAUACUUUUACUUUCGUAUCACUAGGCGUGGACAGACGCUGUACACAUGUAUCGAUGCUAAGGAGUUACGCACCCACCACGUGCAAGCGGAAGCAGAGCAAACGUCACGUGAAGACGUAUGGGAUCAGUUUAUUCUAUUUUUUUCUACUGAACAAGUGUGAAAAAUCUCCUGCACAAAACUUAUAAAAUAUACCGUGUUAAAAUGGAAUCAAGGAAACAGGAGACUGCUGUAUGGUGCUUGAAGAAUUUGGAGGGUGCUUGAUUGUUUGUGGUGGGGGGAGGGGUGCAUAAGCACCCCCCCCCCCAAAAAAAAAAAAUAGCAGGGGUGGAGUUGCUCCCCUAGCUGCAUAGCUGGUGGGAUGAGCGGGUAAGUGCUGUAGUUUUUUCCAGCAGAGCCACGUGAAGUUUGGGAGCUAGUCAUAUUUUUAUCCUUAGUGGACGUUGUUUUGUCCGUAGUGGGUGUGAUGAUUCUCUGUUAUGUUUAGCCACACUUGGUUCAUUUGCAGGACAGUUUACUAUUACACUGCUCUUCCUGAUUGGAUAAUCAAGGUGACAAAAGUGGGUGGAAUUCAAAACCCCUAAGAAAUGUGGCAGGUGGGAUUUUCCCUUGUGGCAUCACCGCUUGCUUUGCACGGUGUUUCUGCUGCCAAGAAAGCACACCCGGUAUAACAACCCCACCAGCUACGCAGGCCAUUGCUUUCCUAAUGGCUGAAGGAUUUGCAUUCUAAGUCACUAUUUUGUUAAUGUACAAUACAGUUUCUAAUUUCACAGGUUGUAGGUCACAAACAAGCUCCUCUGAAAAGAACAGUCAAAGAAUCUACAGAAUGGGCAAAACUUGAACAUGCUUGCUACAUGAAAGUGUCUGACUUCAUCAGCUCACUGGGGUCAUUAGAAGAACCUCUUUAUCUAUUUGACUGGAGUAUACCAACACAUGCACCUGAACUGGCCAGAGAAUUAGUUAUUCCUAAAUACUUUGCUAGUGAUUUCUUACAAAGAACAGCACCUGGCUCCCUGUACAAAGAUAGUUGGCCAAGCUUAUUUAUUGCACCUAAAGGGUUACACAGUGAUCUGCACAUUGAUGCAUUUGGUUCCAACUUUUGGAUGGCUCUUUUUCAAGGCAGGAAAAAGUAAGCAAGUUUGUGAUAUGCAAGCUCUAGGUAUUCUCAAAUCUGACCAAGUGCCAUCUCUAAUUCUCUGUUCUUUGCAAACAAACUUAAUACCUCCCUUAAAAACCAAGUAGCCCUGUACAUUCAAUGAAAUUGACUUUUUUUAGUGCCUCAAUAGAACAUAAAACUAUUAAAGGGAAUUCUGAGACAUGAGCCUAGUCAACCGUAAGCCUAUGCUAGAGAAUGAUCAUUCUGGGUCUGGUUGCACUUGAAAUAAACCUCCCCCUUGGUUUCAUGUUUUUGGUGGUUGCACCUCUGUUAUCUUCAUGGUUAUCUAUAAUAUUAUGAUGGUCAAUUUAUAAAUGAAUUUAAAAUUUUAUUUUUGGUAGAUGGACCUUCUUCAGCAGAGAUGACACACCAUUACUGUAUCCACAUUAUGAAGACUCAAUGGACAUUGUGUUUGAUGUUGACCUGAGUUGUCCAGACUUUGACAAGCAUCCCUUACUGAGCAGGACAACCCCCUUACAAUGUACAUUGCAGCCUGGAGAACUCCUUUUUGUUCCUUAUGGCUGCCCACACAGAGUGGAAAACCUGGAGGAUUCCUUAGCGAUGUCUGCUAAUUUUGUCGAUUUAUCAAAUUUUCACGUUGUUCUUGAGGAACUGAGGGCAAAUUCUUUGUUAGAUCCUCGAGCAGAUGACCUUUUAACUCAAAUGACUAAUGAGGACUUUCCCAUAAAAAUGCAUAGUCUUCAAAACGAUCUGCCUUGGGACGAGUUUAAGACAUGGCGAAGACAUUCAUACAAAGAGUAUGAUAUUAACAUCACUGAUUUAAUGUGA